AAUUUUAAAUGCCAAAUAAAUAAAUAAACAAAUAUACUAAACACAACAAAUUUCCUCAUUCCAUUUUCUCUCUCCUAUCCCUUCAAUUGUAAUUGGCUUUGUAUUCUUCAUCUUCUCGUCCCUUUUGUUCCCUUUCAUCCAAAGAAAUCUCUCCUUUUCUCUCUCUCAAACACAACCACUUCCAGAAUUUUCCCACCUCAAAUUUCAGCUCUCCAUACAUCACCUAACUAUCUUCUUCAUUCUUUUUUUUUCUUCAAUUUCUAGUUAUUUUCCUUAAUUUCACACUUACCUUUUAAUUUAAUUUCAAAUUUUUUCUUUUUUCUUUUUUUUUUUUUCAAUUUCCCCUUUUAUACAAACCCUAGGUUUUGAUUCUCUAUUUCAUAGAUUAUAUUUAUAAUUGAACAAAAACCCAUAAUUCAUAAUUAUGACGGGUUAUGAAAAGAAUUAUGAUUUAUCAACUACCAAACCUUCAAUUCCUUCGUCAACAAAGACUUCGGUUUUUAAUCGCUCCAUUACAAUCCAUUCGUCAACGAAUUCUUUCUCGAAGAAAGCUUACGCUUCGUCGAUUGUUGAUCGAAAUGCAAAUCCCGGGAAGAAAUGGUAUAAUUCAAUUGAAUCCGCUGGUACUUCUUUUAAAGGAAAGGUCAGCAAGCUUCGUACUUUGUUUGAAUCCCAGAAAUCUAUUAAUUGUGAUACUAGUAGUAAUAGUAAAAAUAAUAUUUGUCAAUCAUCAUCAAAUGAUGGUUCAUUUCAAUCGCAGCUUCGUAAUAUGAAAUUGAGACCUACUAAAUCAUUUAGUACAGAUUUUAAAGAUUCUUGGUCGAUUUUAGAUGCUUCCACAAUUCGAUUUCCCGGUACUGAGGAUCGAGUUGUGAUUUUUUUUACUAGUUUGAGAGGAAUUAGGAGAACUUAUGAGGAUUGUUAUGCUGUUCGGAUGAUUUUAAAAGCUUAUAAGGUGUUUGUGGAUGAACGUGAUGUUUCUAUGGAUAAUGCAUAUAAGAAGGAAUUGUUGGGCUUAUUGGGUGAAAAGAAUGUUGUGAGUUUGCCACAAGUGUUUAUUAAAGGAAGGUAUGUUGGUGGUGUUGAUGUGAUUAGGCAAUUGAAUGAAACUGGUGAGCUUCGGAAGAUUCUUCAGGUGUUGCCAAUGAGGGAAAGGCGGUUCGUUUGUGAUUCGUGUGGUGAUGUUCGGUUCUUACCCUGCUCAAAUUGUAGUGGAAGUAGGAAGCUCUUUGAUGAAGAUGAAGGGGUCAUAAAGAGAUGCUUGGAGUGUAAUGAAAAUGGGCUUAUUCGAUGCCCCGAAUGUUGCUCAUGAAGUAUGUGUUCGAUAUUUGUCUGUGUGAAAAAACAAAAAGAUUUCGAAGUAGCUAGUUGUGUGGUUUUAGUAGCUUAUGGUCUGGCUUGAAUAACCCCCUUUUUUCGGUUUCAGCCUUAUCGCGGAGAUUUGGUUGUACAUUGUUCAUAUACACAUGAUGAACAACAAAUACUUAUGUCAUUAUAGUACUGAACUAGUUUGCUGCAGGAAAGGAAAAAAAAACAUCAAAAAAAAAAAUGUUGUAUAGAGCAUAUUAGUGGUUAUGUGCUCCAUUGUAGCUAGGGAAAUGUGUGUUUUCCCUUGACUUGCAAUGUAUAAUUUCUGUUCUGUAUAUAUUAAUGACGAAUUCCCCCCUUUGCUUCUCUGCUAACUGAA